ACACAAGCCGGCUUAGUAUGGGCAUCUAUGGCGGCAACGGACGUGCCGCUAGCGACGAACAGCGUGCCAUCAUCAACGAGCAUCAUUUUAAUAACCUGGUCAGCAGCAAGCGGAACAAGCGUUCUCUCAGCUCCACACGCAUCGAGAAGGACAAGUGCGACGAGUACAACACGAAGUUGCUGCGAAAGACAAGCGUAGUUGCCGCUGCCGCAGCGGCAGCAGCAGCAGCGGCGGCGGCGGCUGCUGCAGCCGCUGCUUCGACAAUGAGCAAAAAUAACAUUAACAGCCACAACAAUAACAACAAUAAUAGCGGCAGCAGCAGUAAACAUAAUAGCAACAGCGGCACACCAACAACCAGCAUUGGAGGCGGCAGUUUUAGGCUUUCGCGUCGAAUCUUUGCUGAAUCGGGCUCAUCAGCCUCCACAUCAGCCUCCAAUUCUGGGAUACCAACACCAACGCAACCACCAUCGUUGCCCUGGCAGCAGCAACAUCCUCAGCGUGGAGCCAGUCGCCUGACCACAGAGCGCGAGCAACAGCAGCACCUAAAGUUGCGCAAGAAGAUAAGCUACUAGGUGAGGAUUGGUCCAACCUUAUAGUGAGAGAUUCAAAGCUAAAACCGGCUGCUGCAAUUGUUAUUGUUGACAUUUAUUUUGUAAAAAAAAUCUUAUAGUAUUAAUAGUAAAAAUUUACACUAGGCCCACAAAUAAAA